AUGAAUAGGCUUGCUUCUUGGGCAAUGGCUAUGGAUUAUCUUCAUCGGGCACUUGCCCUAUCGGGCGUUGUCGGGCUUGUAUAUGUACUGAGUGUUUGCACAUAUCGACUAUGGUUCCAUCCUUUAUCGAAAUACCCUGGACCGGUCCUGGCGAGGCUCAGCAACCUUUACAGCGCCUACUAUGCAUGGACUGGCGACAUUCACGUUGACAUGUGGAGGUGUCACGAGAAGUAUGGGGACUUUGUUCGUUAUGCUCCAAAUCGGCUCCUCGUCAACACGCCCAGCGGGAUGAAAGAGAUAUAUGGACACAACAAGAGUUUCCAGAAGUCAACGGCAUACCAUGUCAUGGUUCAUCGGGCCCCAAGCACGUUCACCGCGACGGACCGGAAGCUUCACGCGCAGAAGCGACGCACGCUCAGCCAAGGUUUCUCCGCGACAGCGAUCCAGGGCUUUGAGGAGAAGGUCCUGGAGCGUGUCAAGGCUCUAGCGGAUCAAUUAGCGCCGAAAGAGAUUACUGCAUCCAAAAUGGAGAAUGAAUGGUCGCCCGCACACGACAUGUCGAAGUGGGCAAGUUAUCUUGCUAUUGAUGUCAUACUGGGCAUUAUCUUUGGAAGAAACGUGAACUUGAUCCAAUCGCCAGAGUACAGAUUCGUUACGAAAUGCAUAGAAGAUUGCAACAUUCGCACCGGUGUCCUAUUCCAGGCCCGGGAGCUGACGACCCGUCGAAUAGACCGGUGGUUGUUUAAAGGCUCAAUCAACUCUCGCAACAGAUUCAUUCCUUUCAUCAGUACUUUGCUGAAGUCUCGAAUGCAAUCUUCAACGACGAGACAGAACGAUAUUUUCUCUAUACUGCUCGACCCCAAGGGCACCGAAGAUGACAUGAGGACAGAGAACUUCCCAAGUCUGUCAGAGUUGGGGGGAGAGUGCACGACCUUGUUGAUGGCAGGUUCGGAAACCACUUCAACAGCCAUCUCAGCAACCUUGUUCUACAUGAUGAGAAACCCUGCGGUUUACGAAAAAGCAGUUCGCGAGGUCAGAGAGCAGUUUUCGCAUUCCGAAGCCAACGUCCGUCUAGGAACUGCACUCAACUCGUGCACAUACCUCCGCGCAUGCUUAGACGAAAGCCUUCGGCUGUCACCGCCCGCUGCAAGCGCGCAGUGGCGCGGUGUCCUCGCCGAUGUCAUGGUCGACGGGCGGCCUGUUCCGGCUGGCUGUGACGUGGGUACAUCCCUCUAUGCCAUCCAACGCCAUCCAGCCUAUUUCGACCAAUCUUCAGUCUUUCAGCCGGAGCGAUGGACGGAGAGCGAUGACGUCUUAGCCCUUGAACGAGCUCAGAGUGCCUUCUCUCCAUUUCUUCUCGGCCCUAGAAGUUGCGUUGCUAAACCGCUUGCGGUUGCCGAGGCAAUGUUGACGCUCGCCACGUUAUUAUGCCGUUUCGACAUGAAAUUAGCCGAAGGGCCAGACGGAGAGAUUGGCGGCGGGGGAUGUCAAGGUGCAGUGUAUGGAAGGCAUAGGAAGGACGAGUAUCAGCUUUGGGAACAUGUCGCUGCGGUCAAAUUUGGACCCUUGAUUCGAUUCCGGGAACGCAAAUGA